AUGACAUGUUUCAAAUGUUAUCGGAACAGCUGAAAAAAUUCUCGCUUCAAAUUGAUCCCUUGAAAACAACAUUGGAUGAUGUUUCUCAACGUGUGUUUCUCAACGUGUGUUGAGGGUUCCAUAUCUACUGCUAUGGCUCGCAUGGACACCUUAGAUGAUGAGGUUCAAGAUGUCACCAGGCAUCCGUCCACUGCAAGUAAUUUUGACAGACGAAUCAUCAGUGAAGCAAGUGAUCUCAGCAUUCAAGACCACCAAAACAAGUCGUGCUUAACUACCUCCGUUCAUGUGCAAAGAUGUGCAAGUGUCUUGGGACAAGACACCAAUGCAAUCGCGCUUCUACAAGGAGGUCAAAACAGCGAUGAACGACAGAGUGGAAAGGGGAGAAGUUGGACUACGCAUUGUCUACAGAAGAGGAGAACCAGUCAUAAUACAGAAAAAGUAACUGUUGUAAGUGAUGUGAGUGUGGGUGAGCUCGUCAACAGCUCAACGACUUCUGAUGGAAGGGGAGCCCCCUCCCAUCGUAGCUAG